GGGAUGCGAAAUGCAAAACAUGUCAGAAGGUUACAAAACAUUACAAUAAUACUUAUUAUUUAAAGAAACACUUGGGAUAUUGUGAAAAUGUGAUAAGAAAGUCGAACAUAUGGAACAAGUUUGACGUAAAUGGCAGGGAUGCGAAAUGCAAAACGUGUCAGAAAAUUAUAAAACAUUAUUAUUUCGAGAAACACUUGCGUACUUGUAAACCUGCACCGACUUCUUCAAGCUCAAUGAGAGACAACGAUUUUCACUUGAAUGAGCCACAAAACGAAAGUACAAUACAAACAAGCACACAGCUACUUGGACGACAGGAAGAAGAAAUAAAGGAAAGUGACGGUCCCAUUCAAGCUCAGAAUCUGACAGAGGCUUUAAUAAAAUCAGAGACAGAAGCAAAAAUAUCAGAUUUGAGGAAAAAGAGAACAGGCGUUAUUGACGAGUCCUAUUUAAGCUCAGAAUCUGAUGAAGAUUCUAUGAGACUUCAACUGAGUGAAUCUUCAAUUGAUGAAAUCGAAGAUGGAUAUGGAUACAUUUAUAGAUUUGAGAAGAGAAAGUAGGCGUUGUUGAAGGGUAUGCAUUAUUAUACCAUUUUAAGUAAUUAUUUCUCUAUUAGAUUUUCUACUCUUCUGAUCACUUUUUAUAAAUAUUAAUGCGAUUAAAGGAGUAAUGCAGAAAUGCACCAAGUACUUUGAGAUUACUUGUCACACACACGUACGCACACAUGCACACAUAUUUUAUUUUUGAAUAGUUUAUAUGGUUAAUUUAAAUGUAUUGGGCGUUAAUAAACUAUAUUAUAAAAAUUAUACGGAUUUUAGGUUUUGCUACGGCUAAUUUCUACUUAUCACUUGAAUCUUAUUAAUUACUAAUAUUUUUACUUUUGUAUUUUGUAAUUAAAUUUAUGCGGAUAGUAGGUAACACAAUUUAUUUUGCAAUACCAUUUUUCAUGUUGCAACAAUAAAUACUAGAGAUAUAAUUUAAACAUAUACAAAAAUAGGGAUAACUUACACCUAUAAAAAAAUUACUUUUUAUAAAUCUUAUUAACCGUUUAAAUCUUCAAAGUGAGAUAAUUUUAGUUUUAGAUUAAAUAAAAAUUGAAUCAUUUUUCUACAUGUUUAUUGUUCUCUACAUAAAUGCAGGUUUUCAAAAAUUUCAAAAUGGACAGAAUAGGUAGAAUAAUUAGCAACAUUACGGAUUAUGAUAUUUUCAAAGCGAUACACAGACAAGCAUCACAAUUUUUGAAGGUUUUUACUAAAAGAAGAUUUGUUACUAAAUUGACGUAUAUAGACAAAUGUCGAAAUUAACGCGACAAUGUAAAGUAUAAAGUAAUGAUACAUGAUAUAUUGUGCAAAGUAUUUUUGUAAUAUAUAUUAUUAUUAAUUAAUACCUUCAUUAAGUUAAUUACUCUAAUACUAUCAGAUAUCCACAUCGGCUGCAUUAAUCGGAAAACAUGGAUUAUGCCGAUAUUAAUGAUACAUAACAACAAGCAACAUUUAUUA